UAUCUGGGGCCACAGCAAACAGAGCUGUUCGUGCCUAUCUGUGGCCUAUGUCUGCUGAUCUUCGUGGUGGGCACUGCGGGCAAUGAGCUGACCUUCAUGGUCAUCCUGUGCCAAAAGGCCAUGCGCACACCCUCGACUACUUACUACCUCUUCAGCCUAGCAGUUUCCGACCUGCUGGAGCUGCUGGUGGGUCUGCUCCCGGAGCUCUUUGAGAUGUGGCACAACUACUCCUUCUUGCUGGGUGCCGGCGGCUGCUCCUUCCAUAUGCUGCUCUUCGAGACAGUCUGCCUGGCCUCAGUGCUCAAUGUCACUGCCCUGAGCGUGGAGCUCUAUGUGGCCGUGGUGUAUCUGCUCCAGGCCAGGUCUGUUGUGACGCCGACCCACGUGCACCGUGCUGUCUGGGGCCUUGCCAUACUCUGCUCUUUGCCCAACACAAGCCUGCCCAACAUUCAGUGGCUGCAUAUGCCCUGCCAUGGCACAGUGCUUGCCUUGGCCAUGUGCACCCUGGUGCGCCCCGGGGCCCUCCACAACCUGGUGGUGCAGGUCACCACGCUGUUCUUCUUCUGCCUGCCUGUGGCCACUAUCGGCGUGCUCUACCUGUUCAUUGUGCUGCAGCUGCAGUGAGAGAGGCUACUGCUGUUCAGGCAGGAUGCCAAGGGCAGGGGCAAUGCCACAGCCAGGUCCAGAGACACUUGCAGGCUUCAGCUGCAGGAUAGGGGCCAGAGACAGGUGACCAAGAUGCC